AUGUUCUGUACCUUCCAGGGCACUGUUGAGUCCUCGGACUCGGGCACUCUUAAAGAGUCAAAGCCCACUCGAGGUCUGCACGCAUGCGGCAACUGCAAGCGGCGAAAGAUUCGAUGCGACGGCCGAAAACCGUGUAACCAAUGCGAGUCGAGGAAUUUACAGUCAAGAUGCGUCUACACCCAACAGAUUCAACGAGUUAUGCCUACAAAGAGAACACUUGAGAACUUAUCCAGAAGUCUCAAAGAACGCGAUGCCAUCUUGAACCGCCUUUUCCCAAAUCACAGUAUUCCGCAGUUGGCCUCGUUAUCAGACCAGCAACUUCGUGAGGCCUUGUUACAUGGAUGUUCGACUGAUAAAAUCUUGCCGUCUCCUUCAGAUAGCACCCCUCAAAGGUCUGUCACUCAAGACUCACAGUGGGACGAAGAAAGACGUGAGCGAGACCCCUUGCCUGCGGAAGCUGAUGAUGUCAACGCAUUGUCCCUGCCGUUUGACCGACAGGCAUCAUAUCUGGGCAUUUCAUCCAUCAGAGCGGCACUUGCAGCGAUGCUCCAGGUUCGGCCUCAGUUACGUGGCUUGCUAGCCUCUCGUCAGACGAACAUCAACAACAACAUCGCCAGAAACGAGGAGGUUCGACCUUGCUAUCAUCCCUCCAGGACCCUGUUGGAAUGUCCUCGCAUAAAAUGGAGCAGCAAGGGACAAGCACUGGUUGACGCUUACUUCCAGCGGAUCCACAUCUUUACACCGAUGCUCGAUGAAACCUCAUUUAGGACAGAUUACCUUGGCAGUCGACGUCAGGAUCCGCCCUGGCUUGCUCUCUUGAAUAUGGUCUUGGCCAUGGGUAGUAUCGUCUCUAGCAAGUCGAGUGAUCGGGAUCAUUGCAAGUACUACACCGAGGCCAUGAGACACCUCGACCUUGGCGCAUUUGGCAGCAGUCACAUCGAAACGCUACAAGCCCUUGCUCUUGCUGGGGGUUACUAUCUUCACUACAUCAACCGACCUAAUCGAGGCAAUGCUAUUCUUGGUGCAGCCUUUCGAAUGGCGAGCGCCCUUGGUUUUCAUCGAGAGCCUUCAUAUCAGGACGGAGGCGGUGAUCAGUAUGAAGCAGCAGAAGUGAGGCGACGUACAUGGUGGUCUUUGGUUUGUCUUGACACUUGGACGACAACGACCCUAGGCCGUCCCUCGUUUGGUCGUUUCUCUCCGUCCAUUGACGUUCAGUUCCCGAAGCUCGGAAAGGACGGAGAAGAAAGGUUUCAGCAAGACAUGGGAAUGACAACACUUGUUGAGAACAUUCGCUUUUGCAUGAUUGCAACUGAGAUACAGGAUAGCCUAGCUGUGACUCCAGUUCUCAAUGCUGAAAAUCGUGACCUUUUCGACGAGGCAUUGGUCAAUUGGCAUAUUCAUCUACCCUCAAUCCUUUCCAAUGACCGAGACUGUGAUGAACCGGUUCAUCUUGCUCGGUGCAUAAUGAGAUGGCGAUACUGGAACUUGCGCAUGCUUCUAUAUCGCCCAGCACUUUUAGAUGCGACGACUAACCAUCGAACGGACCAAGAGGCUGACCACGUCGCUAUCGAGAAGUGCCAGCAGUUUUCAAAGACAACCAUUGAAGACAUAGCCAAGACGUGGCUGAGCCAUCAGAUGUCAGGAUGGAACGCAGUAUGGUUCCUUUACCAGGCCGCCAUGAUACCACUCCUGAGCAUGCUGUGGAAGCCUCAGAGUACUGUUGUCUCUGAGUGGCGUAAUCAGGUCCAGACAGCUUUGGGGCUCUUUGAGGAGAUGCAAAAUUGGUCAUUGACCGCACGUUGCAGUAAGGGAGUUGUGAGCCAGAUUUUUGAAACAAGUUGCGAUUUGAUGCGCCAGGGACAACAGUCUUGCAAUGAACUGGACAUGAACGACAGUGAGUGCUUGGGUCAGGACUCAUGUUUAUGGGCUGAUGGAUUGGAGGUGGAUGAUGUAUUGAACAUGCUCUGUCAAGAUUGGUCAUGGGAUACAGACUGCACGUGGAUUGAAGAUGGGUUUGUUGAUGCAUGA